UAGUGUAAAAAGUACAGAAUUUACACCUGUUCUUUCUGCGGAACCGACGAAGUUGAAUAUGUAAUUAAUGCAAUUGUCUCCUACAAAAUACAGCAAACAUCUAAAUGGCUCGUUUUCAGAAUAUCUGACACCUAAGGCUGUUGCUAAGCGCUACCAGUCUUACUGUUUGCUUUCGGUGGAUUACAAGAAUAAAUCGAAGAGCAAAGACUAUCUCUGCUCAAAAUGAAGCCUCGUUUCAAGCCUUUUGACAGGCCUGAGGGUGAAGACGUWUGGUUCUGUCAUCCUACAUUCAGUCGUCCAGACCGUCCCUCGAGUAUGACUAACAAAGCACUGUCACAGGUUCCUGAUUUAAACAAUGGUAAGYACAGCUCUCAUCUUCACAAAGAAGAAUCUAAAAAGUACGCUAAAGGAGCGAUCCUUCCUAGUGAUACCAAGUAUAUUCGUCUUGCCAAAGCCGGGGGAAGAAAGCAUCUAUUAACGUUUACUGAAAACCACGAAAGAAAUAAAAGUCCACAACCAUACCCUGUACCAAAUUGGUAUGGUCAUCGCGAUCAAGAUGUGAAGGUGUGUAAUGGACCUGCACAAAGAUAUCCAAAACAACCCGAUUGGAUGACCCAUCRAGAAAACACUACUGGCGAUACGGAKGAAAKAGCGGACUAUYRUCCAAAUCAAGGCAUCAUUGCUUGGGAUAAAAUGUCAGCAUGGAAAAGAGAGGAAUUCGAAAGACAMAUGGAGCUUAAAACAAAGAAUGCUUACGAGAAAAGGAAGAAAAAGCAAGAAAAAGCUGAGAAACAACACAAGAUAGUAAAACCCAAGUCCAAAGUAAACAUGGAWGACACCUUGACGAAGAGUGCUAAAGUAAAGCUCCCUAAGAUCACAAYGAGUCAGUUUCAAGGUUUUAGAAAACUUUCAGGAACCGAACUUGCAACCCAGUGGUACAAAAAAUGGUACCUCAUCGGGAAAGCAUAACAAAGUGACUUAUCUCGGUACAUGGAUAACAAAAC